GAACCUCCUUGAAAAUAAUAAUAACGUAUCAGGUGAUGAGAAAUUCGAUAUCUGGCCAGCUCAUCGAGGGGUUCGAAGAACGCGAAAAUAUCUACCCUUAUUGUUUUUACAAUUAUGAAAACGAACCUCCUUCUCGCUUGAUGUCAGCUUCGCGAAAAUUGCUGAGAGGUAAAAAGUACCUCAUCGAUAAGCGUCAACCUAGCAGAGGAAAGUAUCGCGAAUAAGAUUCAAUAGGAAGUUGGAAUUCGUUAAAUUUUUCCUCUCGGAAUUGCGCAGCGAUUACUGCGAUUGAAAAAUGUUCGUUGGAUCGAGAGCCUCGCCCGGUUUCUAUCUUUUGAGUUUUACCUGCGCGUUCGUUUGUACAUCGGAUAAAUUUACCCGGACAGAAGCCACCGAUUAUUGUUCGUUUUGCCACGGAGCGCAUACGAUGUGUCGAUACCCGGUGGGUGAUUUGAAACGACGAUUGAAGGGCUCCGCGAAAAUAUUCAAUUCCCGCGACCCUGACACAUUUGUUCCAGAGCAGCACUCCUUCGAAAAAUUGCGACAAGUACGAAAACGAGCCAUUGACGAGUAGCGAGAUAAAAUCCUUGGUGGACAGACACAACGAACUGAGAACGAAGGUCGCCGAAGGUCGAGAAACGCGCGGAAGCCCCGGACCUCAGCCUCCGGCCAGCGACAUGAGUCUAUUGAGUUGGGACGCGGAAUUGGCGACAAUCGCCCAACGAUGGGGAGAUCAGUGCGCUGUAAAACCCCACGACGAUUGCAGAGAAGUCGAACGUUUUCAAGUCGGGCAAAACGUGGCGACCACCUGGAGUAGUCAGAAAAUAACCGACCCGAUCGAGAAACUGGUGGACGGUUGGUACAACGAGGUAAAAUUAUUCAGCUGUGCGGACGUAUCGCGAUAUCGUUCCAGGCACGCCACGGGUCACUACACGCAAUUGGUAUGGGCUAAAACUUCCGCCAUCGGAUGCGGGAAGGUAAAAUUCUGGGACCGCAAAUAUCGUAUGAACACCAUGCGAUUGAUUUGCAAUUACGGACCAGCCGGUAACUUCCUAGGUCAUCCGAUGUACACCGUGGCGGAGGGCGGUCCGAGGUGCUCGUCCGGAGUGCGGAGCAAGGUAUACGCGAACAUCGAUUUUCUCUCACUCGUCACGAUUUAUUUGCAACUGCGAUCCUAGCGGCUACGUUAUAAUCCUCGUCGCGGAUCGAUCGACUCCAGAGUUCAACUAAACCUGUCGCUGAGAAAAUUGAAAAUAAAUGUAAACGUAUAACACCGUUGGGGAGAAAAAAAAAAAAAGAAAACGUACGUCAACUGCGUAAUAUCUGGCGUUGUAUAGGUGCGCAAUAAUCAAAUUGGAUCGACCCGGUAAAACGGGCAUCGAUCACCGCCGGACUCUCGCCAUUGUGAGGAUCGUUCGCCGCGGGUGGCGGUUCGUAGUCCCGGCUCCAUUCGAAUGUUUGCCUUCGUCAUUGUUGUUGCGCUGACACUCGACGAUUCUUCCAUUUAAUACCGUUUAGCUCUAAUAGGUUCGGCUUUCAGCUUGUAUCUUGGCGCAGGGAUAGUCGAGGCAACGCAAUCCACUGCGCAUACACACACCUAUGACACCCAACAAUGAUAAAAGGUCGCCGGAGUUUCUCUGGCGAGUCCACGGUAAAGGUAUAGGUAUAGCGGUGUCCUCGAAUACCGGAAUCUACGACGAUGCGAGAAGAUCUACAAUAUAUCAGUCAGUCAACGGAACGCGGCGGGUGUUCUUCCCUUCGAUUCUUCGACGAUUUCCAAAGACGAUUCUUAAAUAGUUUGAUGCACAACGUUCAUACGUAUUAUACACGAUGCGGGGUAUCGUGGAAACGGUAAAUAUAUCGGAAGCAACGGAGACCCUUCUUUGGAUCAGCGUUACUCCAACGUACAACUUGAUAUUUACAAUAACGGUGCAAAAUUUGCCACGGUAUCCACCGAAGUUCAAAAGUCACCACCGACUCGAUAAGUCGGUUCAAAAUCGUGUGGAUUCAUGCGAUAAUACCUUACUCGAUGGAUAGAAAACUAUUCCGCAGAGAAAAAACAAAAAAAAAAAACUCACCAUCCUCGAAAUGUAAUCCCGGCGGUUCGAAGGGAUUUAAAGAUCUUGUAAUCCUCGAGUAAGCGAUCGUUUAGCUGUUGCCGAAGUGCGAGCUGUGGCCGUGCAGAGACUGGAUGCGAUGAAUGGUCCGUACGCACAUAGGUAUAUACGGGUAUAUAUAUAUACUCGUAUACAUACUCGAGGGAAGUUGAGAAAUCAAGGGAGAAAGUUUACAGGGGGAGCCCAAUAAACCGAACUGCAGAAUCUCGUCCUGUGGCUCGCGGUGGAAAUCCCAGAUUUGAACGUGAAAUCAUAAUAACAACAAUAAGUCACAUAUUAUAGCUAUUAUAUGUCCGUAUAUAAAUUCAAUAAUUAUACCGA